AUUUGAAAAGAAUUUUUGGAGUAGAACCUAUUAUUAAUACUCAAAGAGGUUAUGUACGCAUUUUUAAUUAAACAAAAAUAUGUCUCGUAUAAAUAUAUCAAUUUUAGAAAGAUGGUCAUUAAUCCUCAACCAUAUGCCAAAGAAUCACUUUUGCACCAUUAAAUCGUCGCAAGAUCUCGAAAAUCGUCGUCGAGAAGUAAUGGGACGUGGUCUACCAAAGAAAAAGCCAAUCGAGGGUGUGAAGCAAAUUUUAAUUGUUGCCUCGGGAAAAGGAGGUGUCGGAAAAUCGACAACUUCGGUUAAUUUAGCAGUAGCUUUAAAAAUGAAUGAACCAGCAAAAGCAGUUGGAUUAUUAGAUGCCGAUGUUUUUGGUCCAACUGUUCCUCUAAUGAUGAAUCUUGAUGAUUCGCCAAUAAUAAACGAGAAGAAUCUCAUGGAACCAUUAGUGAAUUAUGAUAUUAAAUGUAUGUCAAUGGGAUUUUUAGUAAAUAAAAAAUCCCCGGUGAUAUGGCGUGGACUCAUGGUGAUGAGUGCCCUCGACAAAUUGAUUCGACAAGUGGCCUGGGGUCCUUUAGAUUAUCUCAUUGUCGAUACUCCGCCAGGAACGGGUGAUACUCAUUUAUCUCUUGUGCAAAAUGUCCCUGUAGCUGGUGUUUUACUUGUCACGACACCGCAAAAAGCAGCUCUUGAUGUCACGCGACGAGGAGCUCUAAUGUAUCAAAAAUUAAAUGUCCCACUUGUUGGAAUUGUCGAGAAUAUGAGUAGUGUUAUCUGUCCUAAAUGUAAUCAUGAAGCCUCUCUAUUUAAAGAUGGAUCAUUGAGUCUUGCUUGGGAAUUAGGCAUUAACAUCUUGUGCAAAAUUCCAUUUAAUGAUGACAUCGCAGAGGGCUGUGAUAAUGGAAAGCCAAUAUUAAUUUCAAAACCAAAUUCAAAACAAGCGGAAGCUUAUAAAAAAUUAGGAAAGAAUGUGGCUGAAUUUUUGCAAGAGCAACUUUUAAAUACCACGUGAAUUAUGGAGAUUUUAAUAGAAAACAAGUUUUAGAUAUAAUUUGCAGGAAUUCACAAUAUACCUGUAGUUAUUUUUUUAAUUAAAGAUUUUUUAAAGGACAA